AUGGGUAUUUUAAAUUGGGGUUUUAGAUCCAAUAUAAAGUUACAUCAAAAAGAAGAUAGUAUAAACUUAAAAUCAAAUGACGGUGAUAUAAAAUUUACAGAUUUUACUAAAAAAUUAACAUUAAUUGAUCCAACUAAGAAAUUAUGGUUGAAUCCAUUGCUUUUCAAUGGUUCCUUACAGACAUUAUAUUAUACCUCAAUGGAUUCUUCUAAAAAAUUCCAGGUUUAUUACGGUAGAGAAACUUUUAAAUAUAAAGACGGUGGUACUUGUUCAUUAGAUUGGGUUAUUCCGAAACAUGAAAAUUUUAAACAAUUAUAUCAAGAAACAUUACCUCAAGAUUCACCAAGAUUACAUCCAAGAACUAGAUUUUUAAGCAAAGAAGAAUUAAGCCAAUUGUAUUCAAAAGAAACUGAAACACCAAUAGUUGUAAUUUGUCAUGGAUUAGCUGGUGGUUCUCAUGAAUCAUUAAUUCGUAAUCUUGCAGAGAAUAUUGAAAGAAAUUGUGAUUCUUGGGAUAGAGUAGUUAUUAAUAAUAGAGGAUGUUGUAGAACUAAAUUAACAUCAGGUACAUUAUUCAAUGCAGGUUCAACAAAUGAUAUUAGAGAAGUUUUACAAAAAUUUAAAAAAACAUGGCCCAAUAGACCAAUUUAUUUAUGUGGUUUUUCAUUUGGAGGUGCGUUGGUUACUAAUUUCCUUGGUGAAGAAGGUGAUUCUGGUUUGGUUAAAGCAGCAUGUGCAGUUGGAUGUCCUUUUGAUUUUGUCGAUUCUGCAUAUCAUAUUCAAUCUUCAUUAACUGGGAAAUAUUUAUUAAGUCCUGCAUUAACUCAAUUUUUAUCAAAAAUUGUAUUUAAUAAUAAAAAAGAAAUAAUGGAACAUAGUGAUUUAAUAAAUGAUGAAAAAUUAGCAAAAUUGAAAACAAUUAAAAAUACUUAUGAAUUUGAUCAAUUAAUAACUUGUAAAACAACACCAUAUGCUAAUGCAUUUGAAUAUUAUAGAGAAUUAUCACCAUUAAGACAAAUUUUGAAUAUUAAAACACCAUUUAUGAUGAUUAAUUCAACUGAUGAUCCUGCUGUUGGUGUCAAUUUACCUAUAAUUGAUAUAAAUACAAAUCCAUAUUUAUUAUUAGUUGAAACUGAUUUAGGUGGACAUUUAGGAUAUGUUAAAAGUAAUGGAGAUUUUUGGUGCGUUGAAGUAGUAGAACAAUUUUUCCAAAAAUUUCAAGAAUUAAUUAAAUAG